GCGGAACGAUGACGAGCGACGGCGGCGGCCGCGGAGAUGGCGGCAACUCCUCAUCGCUGAGCUCGUCGCCAGCGAGCCUCGCGCGGCAGCGGCGGCAGUGCAGGCCCAUCGACGACGUGGUCGCGGAGGCGCGGGAGAAGGGCAACCUCAUCGACCGCAUCGACCGCCUUGAGGUCCGGAUUCUCAAGUUGGAGGAAGAGAUAGUGUUGGGGAAGAGGGAGGGAGACACUAUUGAGAAGAGGCCAAGGAGUGGGGAGAAGAGGAGGCAUGGGAAAGGUCUCAAGAGAUUGGUUAAGUCCUGCGUCAAUGGAGACCUCAAAACCAAAGAGUAGUCAAAAGAGAGCUUGGACCAAGUGUUUUUUUUACCUCUCUUUUUUUUUUUUUAAUGUAAUAUGUGGGGUUUUUUGUUUUAGUUUAAACUUUGGCUUGUGGUGAUUUUGGCUUUGUUCCUUUCUUAAAAUGCUUGGAGAAAAUAAGAACUCUACCUUAGUUUUUGAUGGGUGCAUUAAUAUUUUACGCGGUUAGAAAACGAUGUUUUGCAUGUUAUUUAAGUACUUCAUGCUUUUGCUGCUCUGGUACCAUAUAAAAUUAAAAUUUUCGUUUUAUAAACGGUGCGUAAGUUGGUAAUUACUAUUUUUCUAUUAUUAUGUUCGUUACUAAGUUAAAAUUGUGAUAUUGUUUUAGCUCGACAAGAGUCUUCGUGGAGUAAUUUGUUAGCUUUAAUAAGUUGGUAGUGGUUUUUUAGUGGCUUGUUACAUAAUUAUCGGAAAGUAGCUGAUAUUGUAUAGUUUAAUAUGGUGUUAGAAUAGAAGGUCUUGAGUUUUGAGUCUCAUUACAGAGAUGAAGAAGAUUGUAAAUUUAAGCCUUAACAAUGAUCAAUUUAUAUAUUUUAAUAUAGUAAUUUGUGGAUAAUAUUUUCUUUUUAAUGUUUAAGAUUGAUACUUUUUAGACACUUCCUUUUUUUAUACAAUAAUUAACGCUAAAAAAUGACCACUCUGUUAUUUGGCGAUAGCCGAUUGGGUCAAAUUAUAAUUGUGAUCGGUAGACGUUGUGUCUGCAUAAUUUGUGAGAUAAUCGAUUGUGUCUGCAUAAUUAGCGUCUGCUAAAAAAUGAUCACUCUGUUAUUUGGCGAUAGCCGAUUGUGUCUGCAUUAUAAUCGUGACCGGUAGAUGUUGUGUCUGCAUAAUUUCAAAUCUUCAGCCAUUUUCCUUCUUACAGUUAGGCCCACCUCACUCCUGUCGACCUCCACAUCAAAUGUAGUCUCUGAUGCCCGCAAGGUGCUUGAUGAAAUGUCUAAAAGAGAUUUGUUGUUUUGGAAUGCCAUGUUUUCGGGGUUGCGUUGGGAAUUAGGAGUUAUGAUGAUAAUGUUUUGUUGUUUUAUAGAAUGAAACAUGAGGAAGGAUUGGUGGUGAAUUCCGCGACGCUGGUGUGUCUCCUUUCGGCUUAUGGCGAGUUGUUAGGGUGCAGAUUAGGGCAAGAGAUUCAUUGCUAUUGUUUCAUAUGCAGGUUUGCGUAGUCGCAACCUCGUGUUGGAACAUCCUUGAUUGGGUUCUAUUGGAGCUUCAAUUCAAAUAUGCCCACAAUGUCGUUGAUUCGAUGCUGAUCACUGAAGGAAACGCAUUGCUUCCGAUUAUGUGACGCUGCUCGCCCGCUGUGUUGCAGUCGCGCAGUCGCCGAAAAUUUGAACUUUGUGAAGCAAUGACAAUUUUUCAGAAAAUGGAUCACUCCGAUUAUCGUGGGACUUAUCUGGAACAAAAUGUCCUAUGAAGCUUGUGAUCUUUUUCGACAGAUGUUACAGAAUCGAACCACGCCUAAUUCGCAUGUAAUGGUCUCUCGUCGGGGUGGAUGCGGCAAAUUGAUUCAAUAUCGACUCAGCGUUGUGAACUGCACAUGGCGAAAUGUACGUGGACUGCGGAGAUGAAUCUGCUGGACUUGAAUACAUUUUGGGAGCUCUAGCAGAGGUUUUAAUGUUGUGGAAUGCUAUCAUGGCCUGCUAUAUUCAAUGCUCCUUAACAGUGGCUGAGCAUAUAUGGGAAUGGAUAGAGACAUCCAGUUAAGGUGAGAAGCAAGAUCAUGAAGUAAAACAACUUUCCGGAUCGGACUAUCAUUAAACUGCGCAUAAAGUUUUGAUUUGGACUUGGAGCAAUGACGAUUUUUCUGUCAGAUGUGCAUCGGUUCUUCGAGUAGUCGAAGUCAAUAAAAUGUGUAGCUACAUAAUAUCUUAGAAAAUGGUUCUGGUGAGUCUUCCCCUCAUGCAUUUCACGCAAAUUUCUCCGCUGUUGUGGCAUUCAGAAAACUUCCCAGUCUUUUGGUCAGAACCGUAUGUACAUUUCCGUUCGGGCAUUUGGUCAGAUGUAAGAUGUAACUAGAUUUCAUCUGUUCGGUUCGAGCAAUCUGAAAGCUGAAGUAUUGAAAGUUUCGAAACAAUGAACUUCCGAGAACUCGGCUUUCGCUCGGAAGAGUCUGAAUUCAAGUUCUCAGAAGUAUAUUCUUCCCCUUCCAUAUACUUAUCUGCAAUGCAAGCACUUUCGCUAGAGAACUCACGAGCGCAACAUUUCGAGAACUACUUAUCGAACUUCUGAGAACAAUCUUGCUGAUCCUAAGGAAAAGAGUUCUGACAAUGGAUAACCUGGUGAAGAGGGAUAGGGUGGGCGAACAAUCUUCUGCAUUAUGUCUCCACGAAGAACUGGAGACUGUCGACCACCUAUUCACCUACUGCGGAUACUGCAAGUCCGGACUAGUUAGGAUAAUGCACGACGGAAAGCAAACCCAAAGGACGAGGGGAAGCUGGAACUAACAUCUUCCAACACAGUGAAAAGUCAGUCCCGCAGGACGUGAACGAAUUACAGAACCUUUUAGAAUCCUAGUUUCAAAUGUUCGACACGACUGUUUUGUUCUCGUCUAAGGCCUCGUUAUUGCUUCGCUUCAGUUGCUAAGUUCAUCGACCUUACAGAAUGAAUCAGAUAAUAUGCUACCUUUCCCUCAGAAAACCAAAAAAAAAAAAAAAACACUUUCUGCGAAAGUGCUUUUCUAUUGAGCAUGUUGAAACACUGGAGCUUCUCUGGCUUUCUGUUUUAUCAUUUCAAUCUGCUGAAAAUUAACCCACAUUGGCUGAUUGGUUCCACUUCCCUGUAUAAUGCAUUUUGGAAAAUAAAAAGUGCUCUUUUUCUUUAGGCAAUUGUUAUUGCAUGGUCUAUAUCUUGUAGAUCAUAAUUCUUAUAACAGGGGAUUUGACCAGAAGCCAUUCCUUUCAUUCAUAAAGUUGUCCUUCCUCCAUAUGGAAAUUUUGU